AUGAAAAAACUAAUAUUUCAGAUUCCUAUCAAGAUAAAUCACCAUUGCAAAGAACUACAGAAGAUUUUAACAGAAUCUCAAAACAAAAAUAAAAGAAAAACUAAUAAAACUCCUCAAAAAUCUAAAAAAUCUCAGGCUACUAAAAAUAAAUCCAUUAUUACAAGUGAAAUUGAUGAUAAUGAACUUUUAAGAAUUGAACGUGAAAAACUUGAAAUUCAAAAAAGCAAAAAUAGUGAAUUAGAAAAGGAAAUAAUGUUGCGAGAAAAGCUUCAAAAGCUUAUUAAUAAUUAA